UUCUGCUCAGAACAAAAAAAAAAGGAAUAAACCAAAACAAACAACAACCACCAUUUUACUCUCUCUCUCCUCUCUGUCUCUCCUCGCUGGCUUCUCCAAUUCGAAGUACGCAUCUCGCUGAAGCUCUUCGCGAAUCACUUCUCUAUCUCUCUUUUGCCAUCUCUCGGGGUUCCUAGCCUGUUGCUUCUCGAUCGCACUCUCUAUUUGAAGCACCAAUCGUUGGGGUUUAGGGUUUUGCAUCGAAGCCAAUUUUAGCUCCGGCGAAGCAUAAUCAUCUUCCUUUUAGCUAAAUCCGAGCUAACCGGGAAUGAUUCCGAUGGAUAAUUACCGCGUACCGAGCACCAGCACCACCGGUUUAGUAUAUCCGGCGAAUUCGAGCAUGACUGCUUCCUCAGGGUUCCAUUUUACUGUAACUUCUCCGUCUGGACUCAAACAUGAACCUUCUUUGGCUGUCGAGUGGUCUGUUGAGGAGCAGUAUAUAUUAGAGAAAGGUCUCGCAAAAUUUAAAGAUGAACCACAAGUUACAAAAUAUGUAAAGAUCGCAUCAACUCUACCAGAUAAAAGUGUACGAGAUGUAGCAAUGAGGUGUAAAUGGAUGACGCAAAAACGGAGAAAAGGGGAAGAACACAGUGCCAGCACAAAGGUUAGCUAUAGAAAGGUUGUGGAUUUACCCCCAAAACUGAACAUGUUCUCCACCAUACCCCACCAAAAUUCUACAUACGUCAUGAACCAUGUGUGCCAGAGUGCACGCAUACCUUUUGAAGGUUCAAGUGAUGCGGUUAUGGAGCUUCUACGGCAGAAUGCUCAUGCUUUCAGUCAAAUUUCUUCAAACCUUUCUGUGUCCAAGCCACAAGAUAACAUCAGCCUAUUUCAUCUGGCAAGAAAUAACAUCAGUUCCAUCCUGAAUGACAUGAAGGAGAUGCCUGGUAUCAUAAGCCGGAUGCCACCACUGCCUGUUUCAAUUAACAAUGAUCUUGCAAGCAGGCUAAUGACGAGUACACGACAGCCGAGAUCUUAUAUAAUUCCUUCGAGCAUCCAUCUGAAGCAGGAACCAUGAAACUGAUGGAGGAGGAAACACUUGAUUUUGACCAAUGCUAAAGGAAAUAAGCACAAGAAGAAACGAAAAGUGGCAGUUGUUUGAUGUGAACUGGACUGAAAGAAGAUGGGGUUAUCAACUGUUCUGUGAGACACAAUAUUGAACAAAGUUUGGAUCUUGUGGUUCCCUUUGUGCUGUCGGCUAAUUUUUCUGCGGAAAGGGUUAAACCGCCGAAACCCUUUCAUGUCUCAAAAUUGAUUUUUUUUUGUUUUUUUUCGGGUUUGAAAAUGUUUAGGUUGUCAAUUCAAGAUAUGAAUUCAUUGCACAGAUCCGUUGUAUAGACAAACUGUUUCCAAGGUUUUAGAUGAGAACACAUCUUUGUAAGGUUUGGUCUUCAAUCUUCAUAGCCCAUUCAUAAUUUAAGCUUAGAUUAGUUGUGUCA